AUGGAUUGGGUAGAAGUUUUUUUUGUGUGGUUUGAUCCUGGCGUUGGUCAUCCCAUACCGGGCGAUUUUUUUUAGGUGCAUCGUGCGGCGCAAGUAAUUGUUGUGCAGGCACUCUUUUUUUUAAAGGCGCAGACAUUUGCACUUUUUUUUGGCGAGGGUAACUUGCGUCCACGUCAAGAUCUUGGCAGCAGUUUUUUUUAGGACAUGACAAUGUUGGAGGACUUGCAUGAAGCUUCAUUAUUUUUUUUCUUACGUCUACGCUAUGACAAGGGUCUGAUCUACACCUUCGUUUUUUUUAUACUGAUCGCUGUCAACCCCUACAAAAUGUUUCCUGACUCUUUUUUUUUGGAAGUGGCUAAGAAAUAUGCUGGCAAACCGUUGGGUACAUUUUUUUUACACUUGUUUGCUAUCGGCGCUGCAGCACACGCCGCCCUGCUUUUUUUUCAAGUGGUUGUAAUAUCGGGAGAGUCGGGUUCGGGCAAGACUUUUUUUUCAAAAUUGGUUAUGCAGUAUUUGGCUGCUGUCGUGCCGGGUUUUUUUUUCGCUUCCGCUGUGAUUGCCGAGCAAAUACUCGAGGCUGCGCUUUUUUUUGAGGCUUUCGGCAAUGCGCGCACCGCACGCAAUGAUAAUAGUUUUUUUUUUGGCAAGUAUCUGGAGGUUUACUUUAAGAAUGGCGCCAUUUUUUUUUUUAAGAUCACACAAUAUUUACUGGAGAAGUCACGCAUUGUCAUUUUUUUUCCGGGUGAGCGUAACUAUCAUGUUUUCUAUGAAAUGCUUGGUUUUUUUUCGGAGACUGAACGCACAAAGUAUGGCCUGCUAGAGGCCGACAAGUAUUUCUACCUAAAUCAAGGUGCUACCGAUUGUGCGCCGGGCCGCGUUUUUUUUGAUUCACUACAAAGUGCCAUGCAGGUUUUGGGCGUGUCGGAUUUUUUUUGUGAGGGCAUUAUACGUGUGUUGGCAUCGGUGCUGCAUCUGUUUUUUUUCUACUUUCAUCGUCGUCAGCUGCGUCAUGGUCAAGAGGGUGUUUUUUUUGGCUCGGAUGCGGAAAUCAAGUGGGCCGCACAUUUACUGCAUUUUUUUUCUGAGGGUUUACAUCGUGCUUUAACUAGUCGUAUAACCGAGUUUUUUUUGGAACGUUUACACACACCGUUGGGCAUUGAUCAAGCGCUCGUUUUUUUUGACGCUUUUGCGAAGGCGCUCUAUGCGGGUCUCUUCAAUUGUUUUUUUUCACGUAUAAACUCAAUCGUGCAGAAGGGUGGCACACACGAUUUUUUUUUUAUCUCCAUAUUGGAUAUAUUCGGCUUCGAGGAUCUGGCGGUUUUUUUUUUCGAGCAGUUGUGCAUAAAUUACGCCAACGAAAAUCUACAUUUUUUUUUCAAUAAACAUGUCUUCAAACUGGAGCAGGCCGAGUACUCAUUUUUUUUUCUAGAAUGGACACCACUAACGUGGGACGACAACUUACCGGUUUUUUUUCUGCUGGCCAAGAAGCCUGUGGGCAUAUUCCAUCUGCUCGAUUUUUUUUCGAACUUCCCGCGUGCCACGGAUAUGAGUUUCCUGGAGAAGUUUUUUUUCAAUCAUGCGCUCAACGAGCUCUACUCCCGACCCAGAAUCGUUUUUUUUGAAUUCGGCAUAACACAUUAUGCCGGGCAGGUGUGGUAUUGUUUUUUUUGUUUUUUGGACAAGAACCGCGAUGCGCUGCGCAGUGAUGUGUUUUUUUUAUUGGCCUCGAGUAAACUGCAGCUGGUUGUCGAUCUGACGAAACAGUUGCGCGCACAACGCGAUUCGGGCAAGACGCUACCCAAGGGCAGUUUUUUUUGUUUCGUUACGAUGAAGCCACGUACGCCCACCGUUGCAGCCUUUUUUUUCGAUUCAUUACAACAACUACUCCAGUCUAUGGGUCGCUGUAUUUUUUUUUUCGUGCGCUGUAUAAAGCCGAAUAACGAGAAACACGCGCUUUUUUUUUACAUGCCAUGUGUGCUGCAGCAGCUGCGAUACUUGGGCAUGUUUUUUUUCAUACAGAUCCGUCAAAAAGGCUAUCCGGUGCGCUUGAAGUUUUUUUUUUUCGUCGAACGUUAUCGACAUCUACUACGGACGCCCCUGCCUUUUUUUUCACCGUAUCGUGAGCUGUGUCGCAUACUGCUCGAGUCACUGUUUUUUUUCGGCAUCGAGGGACCGGACUUCCAAUUGGGCGCUACACGCGUUUUUUUUCGUGAGGCCUUGCACCGCAUUCUGGAGAGUGGCCGCUCGGAUUUUUUUUAAUCUGCCGCUGUUAUUAUACAAAAGAGUGUGCGCGGCAUGUUUUUUUUUCGUCAUAUUGCGCGUAAAACGAAAGCCGCCAUUAAAAUACUUUUUUUUUGGCGCAGACAUCGCGAUCUGCACAAGUACAGACAGCUGAAUUUUUUUUUGGUGCGUGCACAAUCGCUUUGGCGUGGCAAGCGAGAUCGUUUUUUUUUGGCUAAACUUAAGGCCGAGUACAAGCGUCGCUUGGAAGCACUUUUUUUUCAGAAAGAACGCGAAGCGAAAAAGUUGGCCAAGGAGAGCAUUUUUUUUUGUCAAGUGGCCUAUUUGGACAUACCGGCGGAGCUUGCCUUCAUCUACUCGAAGAUAGACGGUUGGACACCGGUGCAUGGUGACCGGCAUUUUUUUUUUGUUGUGGGCACAGUGCCCGGACCGCCAGUGGCUGGUGAUCUGCCCAGAGAUCUGGAUCAAUUUUCGUUUGGUAAAUUCAGUUCGGUGUACUUUUUUUUCCUACGGCUCUCACCACGACGUGAACCCAUAACAACACCCUUUUUUUUUAGGGCCGCCUCACGAGACCAAGAUUUCCAAGACUCACUGGCUUUUUUUUAGCUGAUUUUGCGUUGGACCAACGAUAAGACGCUCGACGGCUUUUUUUUGAAGGUGCUUUCAGAUUAUAUCGUGCACAAAGGCUUGUCCUUUUUUUUUCUGCGUGACGAGAUAUUGGUACAACUAUGCAAUCAAGUUUAUUUUUUUUACGAGUCUGCCUCCCAGCGCCUCUGGCAGCUAAUGGCGCACUGUUUGUCUUGCUUUCAGCCGGGUCCUGCUUUUAGUAAAUAUCUAAUGAUUUUUUUUAUGGAUAAUGCGCCCUCGUCGAUGAAGGAGAUGCUUUUGAAUUUUUUUUUACGCAAUUCAAGCAACUCGCAGGCCAACGCUUGUAGAAAUUUUUUUUUCUCCUGGGUGGAGUGGCGUGCGAUCUCCAAAAUGUCCGAUAUUUUUUUUUCGCUCACAAUGCCCGAUGAUACUACACAAACUGUUGCCAUUUUUUUUUGGACAACUUGCGAGGAGGCUGCCUCUUUGGCCAUAUCCACGUUUUUUUUAUCGAAUCGUGGUUGGACGGUGGUCUUGGACGAUGGCAAGUUUUUUUUUGACUCGUGUGGUCUAGACUAUGUUUUGGAUUUGAUAUCCGAUUUUUUUUUCUGUCCAGCAUUCCCCGCAGUGCGCAGUGAUCUGAUGAAAUUUUUUUUCAAGUUUAUACGUACGAGCAUGCCCGACGUGGAGGCAAGUAUUUUUUUUCGGCCACAGGUGCCGCCACCGGAGCCGCCGAAAGCUAAAACAGCGACAACACCGCGCGAGUCACCCAUUGCCGAACCGAAAAUUGAACCGUUUUUUUUGAAGACAUCACGCGAUUUAUUGUCGCGUAGCUCUGUGCUAAUUUUUUUUUAUUUUGAACAAGAAAAGAGCCGUUCAAAGUCAUUGGAUGAUUUUUUUUCUGGAGACGCUGCCGAGCUUGAAACCACACCCGAACCGGAAUUUUUUUUAAACCUAGGUCUAUCGGAAAGUCGACUCAAUGACCGAUAUCUUUUUUUUGAGCGUUUGGUGCCGUUGGGCAAAGAGACGGCGCCACGUUAUUUUUUUUCGCAAAAUGCUGGACGUCGUUCACACGCUGGCUCGCACACCUUUUUUUUCAUGGAUAAAUCCGAAUAUGCUACACGUUCAUCGGCCAUGUUUUUUUUUAGCGAGGCGCCCUCGUUGGCCUCACAUGUACGACGCGUACGUUUUUUUUCACAGGCUUCGGAUGUCGACCAAUUUCUUGAUGAUUUAUUCAGUCCUGUUUUAGACGGCUCACUAGAUGAGCUGUCGGAUGCAAGAUCAUUUUUUUUUAGCAUACGUGGUGGUGGAUCAAAAGACGUGGAGACAUUUGAUUUUUUUUACGACUUUCUAGAGGCACCAAACACUUCACACAACUCAGCGUUUUUUUUUACAGACGUCGGUGUGCUCUGUCGCAAGAUCAAAGGCGGCGUUUUUUUUGAUGAGGUCAAAGACGAAGCAGCUAACGAUAACUUGGAUGAUUUUUUUUCGGGUUUAUUCAAGCCGAUAUUUAUCAACGAGGCCGUAAACUUUUUUUUAAAGCAAGCUGAGCUCAUAGAAAUCAUCAAAGGCGGCGGCAUUUUUUUUACUCAGUCCACAAGCAACACCAGUUUCGUCACAUCACCAGUUUUUUUUUCGCUGAGUCCCUUAAUGUCGAAUGCCGACAAUAUCAUACAAUUUUUUUUUAUACCAGCAGAUGCGGAUCCCAACGUCUACCAGCAGCAAGUUUUUUUUGCUUUCUUGCAGUCCGCAAUGGCGCAGAAUCUACAAAUCCAUUUUUUUUUCUUAGCACAAAAUCAGGCACUGCAAACCCUACUCAGCCAAUUUUUUUUACCCACAGGCACCACGUCGCCACCGCUUGCACCCGUCCACAUUUUUUUUCAGCAAACCAGUCAUGCCACCAACCAUGCCAACAGCGUAAUUUUUUUUUUGAGCACAACAACACCACCAACACAGCCAAGUAACGCACGAUUUUUUUUCGUGAAAAAUCGUAUAUCACAGUUUUCAGAGCACGAUCGUAUUUUUUUUGCAUCAUCAGAGAGUGGCACAUCGUUAAUACCACCACCGCCUUUUUUUUCCAUGCCGCCGCCGAUAGAAGCCAAAGAUCCCUCCGAGACGUUUUUUUUUCUAGAUCCGUACGGCCGCGCUAAGACAGUGCGCAUAGGCAUUUUUUUUUGGCCACCACCGCAGGACGCACCCCAGUUUGAGACUGAAGAUUUUUUUUUUGCCUUCAAAAUGCGUCAAUCACAACGGAAGACAACACCAUUUUUUUUAUUUCACAGCAGUAAUGGCUCAUUGACGGGCUCCGCCAUGGUUUUUUUUGAGUUCGAAAUCGAUACGUCCAAAAGCCCAUCGCCGGUAUCUUUUUUUUCACCAAUGCAUGCGCAGUUGGUGCGAACCACACUGAAAAUUUUUUUUUUCGGUGGUGGUGGUGGUGGUAAGGGAGGAAGUAAAGAGUUCGUUUUUUUUCAACAACAACAGCAGACGGUAAUUACAACGAAAGUAGCCAAUUUUUUUUUCGAGAUCGGCGCGGAGCGUCCGCCACCGGGUAGUGUUGGCUUUUUUUUGCUGAGUUCGGAGAUGCGUCAACGUUUGGAGCAAGUUACCGUUUUUUUUUCAGUGCGAUCAACGGUUAGCACCAAAUCGGAACAGCGCACUUUUUUUUAGCUUGAGGAUACAAGGAAACUCAUGUUGCAGCAACAGCUGUUUUUUUUCUUCUUGAAUAUGGAAGGCAAGCAAGAUAAGGAUCUACCCUUUUUUUUUACGCAAAUCGAGCGCAUGGAGGGUAAGCUGUCACCGCCACCUUUUUUUUCGAAUGGCGUGCCGCCAGCGCCAAGCGUGCCUGCGCCACCAUUUUUUUUACGUCCGCCCACAAUUGCACCACCCGCGCCGCCGCCAGCGCUUUUUUUUCCACCUGCACUACUGCAUGAGCUGGAAGCCGAAGAUGUUAUUUUUUUUUGUCAAAGCGGUAAGGAUAUACCAGCAUUUAUACAGCGACAGUUUUUUUUCACAUUCGGCGCACGUCACAAUUGGAAUGGCUCGGAUGAUUUUUUUUUUACCUAUGACUCUUGGGGGCGCGCCGAGGCGGCUAAACUUGAUUUUUUUUACGAGACAAGUUUCAAAAAAGAAAUUCAAAAUGAAAGAGAAUUUUUUUUUUCACGUUCGCGCUCUCGUGAUCGCGAUGACUUCUCCGAAUUUUUUUUUGAUCGGGCAGAAGUUGAGGGUCCCUCCUCGAGUGGCAGCGAUUUUUUUUGAGAAAAGGAACGUGAGAAGCGCGAGCGUAUCUAUGAAAUUUUUUUUUUGGAACGUGAAAAAGAAAGCAAUAAAAUAUAUCAUCCAGCGCUUUUUUUUGUCAUCACAGCGUCAGUUGAGCGCAGAGACGUAGGUUCGCCUUUUUUUUCACAUAUGGAGCGUAAAUUUUCACAGCCUUCCACGCACUCCUUUUUUUUGCAGCCGGCAAUGAAUUCGACAAGCGUAAGCCCGAAAUCAAACAACGCGCCCGCCACAUUCCGUACACAUAUGGCGCAGAAGUAUGAGAAUUUUUUUUAGCGCAAAUCAUCUGCAUCCACAGUACAGUCACAAAGCACGUUUUUUUUCGAAGAGACCGAUGGUGGCGACGAAUGGCCGCUGCCAGCCAUUUUUUUUCCAGUACCGGCGCCAGCGUCAAUUAAGAGCCCAGCAACGGCUUGUUUCACAUAUAACCGAGUACCGUGGCGUCUGCGUGUACGCAAAGAAUUUUUUUUUCCCAGUGAACCGAUUGGUCCGCCCAUUGCAUUGGAUUUACUUUUUUUUCAAGUGGUAUCGGACGUCUUUGGUAUUACACCGUGUUUGCGUUUUUUUUCACAAGAGAAAUCCGUUGCGCUGACCAUGCUCAACGGACACUUUUUUUUCGUUGAAACGAUAUGCAAUCAAAAUGUGCGCGCAAUAGUAAUUUUUUUUCUUAUCGAUAUGGCACGCAGUUGGCCGCUCUAUUUUGCGCGUUUUUUUUCUGUCCAAGGCGCGCCACAGUAUCCCGAUGUCUCCAUAAUGUUUUUUUUACAUAACGGCCUUUACCUGGCGCGACGCGAUGCAGAGUAUCUUUUUUUUGUUCAAUCGAUUUCGUUGAAUGAAAUUCAAAACGCUAUCACCUUACCGCGUCCCGCAUCUUUGCAGUUAAAUUUGCGUAGUGGCGAUCAUUUUUUUUUGCAUGCGGCUCGGGCAGCUUCCAUACAAGCGAUGAUUUCCAUUUUUUUUCAAGAGUACCGUAGGAGCCAAUCGAAAGCCUCCACAUUAUCAUCGGGUGCCCGUGCCGCAGCACAAACACUCAACGUACCAAUUGAACGCUUGGAAUCGCGACAAUCCAACCACCGUGAGCAUGGCGCCGCGACCAACAGUGGCCAAAACGGCGCCGCAGCAGCUGCGAUGAACGCCGCGCACAGUCAUGAGGUGAAUGUAGAAAAGUCAAUUGGCAUACAACAUGGACGACACAGCGUCGACACCGAGGUCGAUGUCCACCAGGAGGCGCAUCAUCAUAAUAUGGACAACGAGACGGACGCAAUGCCACUGAACGCGAGCAAUCAUAUGGAAAUGCAAAUGGAACGUCAUCCGUAUACGAAACAAGCGAGCUACUUGCAUGCCGGACGCAAAAUAUCCGGCAGCCAACAGCAGCAGCAGCAGCAGCAGCAACAGACGCAGCAGCACUUCCUACAGCACCAGCAACAACAACAGCACACGCAGCAGCAAAUGUCAUUGCCACACCAUUCCCUCGAUGCGAAUUAUAUGACGGAAGAGCCGAAUAGCAGCGGCGGUGGGCCAUCACCGUCCGUCACCAAAUACUCCCUGCUACAGUUCGCCAUGCAACACUUCCGCAAUGAUCAAUACACCGAUAGCCGCGUCCAUAGUCGAGACAUAACACGCGAUCAUAGCGAGCGUAGGACGCCCUCGUAUGCGGAUUUGGUAAAAUGGCAGGGCACGCCGAUACGCCUGCCCUUACUGCGUUUGCCCAACGAUCUGGCGCCGUUAGCGCUCGAAUGUUUUGAAUGCAUCUUGCGCUAUUGCGGCGAUAUACCGCACGAUCCCGAACUGACUGAGGUCAAAUGUGUCUACACUGUACUUAUGCAUUGUCACAAAUAUCUUGCGCUACGCGAUGAGGUCUACUGUCAGCUGAUGAAGCAGACGACAGCGAAUCGUUCCGCCUGUCCCGAUUCUGCGCAACGCGCUUGGCGUUUACUUAGCAUUUUGGCUGCAUACUUUGGUUGCUCCGAUGCGUUGCGUCCAUAUCUAAUGGAGCAUCUGACCUCCGCCGCUUCGGACCGACGGCGCUCUUGUCACGGCACUGCCGCUGUUUGUCUUGCGAAUCUACGCAAGACCGCACGCUGUGGCGGUCGCAAGAACGUGCCUAGUGUGGAAGAGGUCACUGCAGUUUCAGCUGGGCGUUCGGCGCGUCGUCAAAUCUAUCGUCUACCCGGCGGUGCGGAACGCGUUGUUAACACACGUUGCUCCACGGUCGUUGCCGAUGUCAUUGCUGAGCUGUGCGCCCUGCUCAGUGUCGAAUCGGAAGCCGAACAACAGGAGUUCUCACUGUACUGCAUUGUACAGGGCGAUGCAUUCACAAUGCCACUCGCUGCCGAUGAAUAUAUACUGGAUGUUACAACGGAACUGCUGAAAUCAGGACAACCAUUCUAUUUGAUUUUCUGUAGAUCCGUUUGGCAUUUCCCCUUGAAAAGGGAACCCGCACCAACGCCACUCUACGUCGAGGUGCUCUUCAAUCAAGUGGCGCCCGAUUACUUGGAGGGUCUACUACUGGAGGUACCCUCGAAUGGCGUACCAAUACCGGAGAUUGUACGCGAUAUGGCGCGCAUAGCAGCAUUACUGCACAGAGCCGCUGAUCUAACACAUGUUCCAGCUAUGAAGGAGAUUAAAUUUCUAUUACCCAAACCAGCGCUUGGUAUACGUGAGAUACGGCCGGCGCAAUGGGUCGGUUUGGUGCAAUCGGCUUGGCCGCAAAUCGCCAAUUUGACACCAAGUCAAGUGAAGGCACAAUUUCUAACGGUACUCUCUGCGUGGCCGCUCUUCGGCAGCAGUUUCUUUGCGGUGAAACGUAUUUGGGCCGAGGAGGGUCCACAUGUCGAGGACAGUAAUCCGAUGUGGCGCGAUCUGAUACUGGCACUGAAUAGACGUGGUGUGCUCUUUCUGGAUCCCAACACACACGAAACCCUACAACAUUGGCCAUUCAUGGAGGUUAUAUCGACACGUAAGGUGCGUUCAGAGGAUGGUGCACUUUUCCUUGAUAUGAAAGUUGGCAAUCUCAUGCAGCAGCGUGUUAUACGCGUCCAAACCGAGCAGGCGCACGAGAUUUCACGACUUGUACGGCAAUACAUAACCAUGGCGCAGAUUACGCAAAGAGACAAGCGGGAAUUGAAUUAAAUCCAGUUGAGGAGUCUUCCGAUUGAGUAGUACUACACUACUAGUGUCUCUUUACCCAUAUGCAUAUACAUAUAUAUACUUUUAAUUAUUAGUAUAUCUGUAUGUAUGUUAAGUGGAGCUGCUUAUAUAUCCGCCUGCGUAGGUCCUUGUAUAUCUAGUUUUAUAGUCAAAUAUUUUUAUGUAUGUGUGUGAAUUUUUUUCUUCACUACGUUUCGUAUGUGAACACAAUAUCUAAACGUGCUCUACACAUACUCGUACAUAUAUAUUUUUGUUUGUGUGUACUUUACGUUUUUGAAAAAACAAAAUCGUUAGGCUUUGAGUUGUUGAUUUGAUUGAAAUUAUUUAGUUCAAUAUUAAGUAGGUAUUCCGUUGUUAAGUAUUUCGGUUUGCUUACAUAUACACACGCAGAUGUUAUUAUCUAAUUUUUAUUUUUUUUUUUACUUUUUAAAUUCUUAUGCAUGCAUAAAUAUUUUUACAACGUAUUUAUACCAACAUUUGUAUAACUAAAUACAUACAUACUUAUGUGCGGUAAGUUCAAAAUAUAAUAAUUAAUAUUUUCAGAAUUCGAAU